UUUUUCUGUGUGAAAGUGAAAAACAGUCCAAAUGGCUCAGCAGGCAGUUCAGUAGUAGUCACACACCACCAUUUUCUUUUGAGUCCAAAGUUCUGUUUAAACUAUAUGAUAUGAGUACUGUAAAGAAACAUAAUAAUUCAACUAACAACAUAGAUAUAUCAUUUUGCAGUGGGACUUCUAUUACAAUCUAAAUCCUACUCUCUAUGGGCCCUAAAUCAUAAUACUAUACUAUUGCACUACUGGACAAAUAAAUCUUGAUAGCUCAAUGAACAGUGUUUCGCCAUAGAGUCAGCUGGGGAUGAGUCAGCAGAAUCUCCAGCAGAGAAUCCAGGAGAGAAAGAAGGAGCUGAAGGAGCUCCAACUGUGGAGGCUGUGGAGUCUCUCAAGCACUCUGCACAGGCAGCAGUGGAGGACAGUGAUAGGAUCUUUGCUGAGCUGAUCCACUCCAUUGAGAGAAGGUGCUCUGAGGUGAAGGAGUUGAUCAGAGACCAGGAGAAGGCUCAAGUGAGUCAAGCUGAUGGACUCCUGGAGCAACUGGAGCAGGAGAUAGCUGAGCUGAGGAGAAGAAAUGCUGAGAUGGAGCAGCUCUCACACAGAGGAUCACAUCCAUUUCCUCCAGAGUUAUCUGUCUCUCUCCAGUCCCAGUGUCUCUUCAGACUCACCCAGCAUUGAUAAACAUCCUCAGUUCCUUAGAGAUGUGAAUAAGGCUGUUUCUGAUGUCAGAGAGAAACUAGAAGACUUCAUUAAAGGAGAAUGGAUCAAGAUCUCCACCAUAGUGAAUUCAGUGAAUGAUGUCUUGCCUCCAGAGCCCAAGAACAGAGAACACUUCUUACAAUAUUCCUGUCAGCUCACACUGGACCCAAACACAGCACAGAAAUCGCUCUCUCUGUCUGAGGGAAACAGAAAGGUGACAGUUGUUGAUGUUAUUAACGAUCCAAAUCCUGACCAUCCGGACAGAUUCACUGAUUGGUGGCAGGUCCUUUGUAGAGAGGGUCUGUCUGGACGCUGUUACUGGGAGGUGGAGUGUCAUCACGGGACUGUUACAGCAGUCUCAUAUAAAGACAUAAGUAGAAUACGGAUGGUUAAUGAUUCCAGAUUCGGAUACAAUGACAAGUCUUGGGGUUUAGAGUGCUCUAGUAAUGGUUAUCGUUUCAGACACAAUAAUGUUGAGACUAAAGUGUCAGGCCCUCAGUCCUCCAGAGUAGGAGUGUACCUGGAUCACAAGGCAGGUACUCUGUCCUUCUACAGUGUCUCUGACACAAUGACCCUCCUUCACACAGUCAAAACCACAUUCACUAAACCCCUCUUUCCUGGGUUAUGGGUUGGGUACAAAAAUGAUUCUGCUGUGCUGUGUAAACUGUAGAGUUCCCCAUAUUAGAAUGACGGUUAAUGCUCUUUUAGUUUGGUAUGUGCAAUUAUUUUGACUGAUUUAAUCUUUAAUUUAGUCUAGGUUUUAAUCACAUCCAUAUUGAUGUAUUCUCACUUUGAUGAAGUCUAAACUAAAAAACGACUGCUAUAUUGUCUUUUUAUUAAAAUAAAGAUUAUUUGUUAAUUUCAAUAAGUUGUAUUAUUAAAUACCUAUUUAUCCUUGAAUGUGAAUCUGUUUAGUUUUCUAAAAUGUAUUUAGAACUAUGUACUGUAUAUACUCUGAUGCUGCAGAUUUACUCCUCAAUCAACCGUCCAGCAGAUGGUGAUAUACUGUAACAAACAAUACAAUAUUAAAUAUUUCUUGAUUUACCUCUUGCCACUCAGAAAACCACCAACAAUAAACAGUAUUUCAAUA